UUGCUCUGCUCCCGAGGCCUGGCCAAUGGAACCCGAUCCACCCCGCUGUGCGUAAGCGCGCAAUUAAGGAUUUAACCAAGGCUGUGCUGCGCCUCAGCCAGCAGUCAGCCUGCGGGAGACAGAGCCUCUGCGACUCCCAGCCUCCUCCUCCUCCCCGCCGCCGCAGCCUCCUCCUCUUCCUCCUCCUCCUCCCUCGCUCCCACAGCCAUGUCUGCUUAGACCAGAGCAGCUCCGCAGCCAAUUCAGGCAGCAGCGGCCGCCGCAGCCCAAGGAACAGCCACCGCCAGGGAGCUAUGACAGGGGUGUUUGACAGAAGGGUCCCCAGCAUCCGAUCCGGCGACUUCCAAGCUCCGUUCCCGACGUCUGCCGCCAUGCACCAUCCGUCUCAGGAAUCGCCAACUUUGCCCGAGUCGUCGGCCACCGAUUCUGACUAUUACAGUCCCGCGGGGGCCGCCCCGCACGGCUACUGCUCUCCUACCUCGGCUUCCUACGGCAAAGCGCUCAACCCCUACCAGUACCAGUACCACGGCGUCAACGGCUCCGCCGCCGGCUACCCGGCCAAGACCUACGCCGACUACGGCUACACCAGCCCCUACCACCAGUACGGCGGCGCCUACAACCGCGUCCCGAGCGCCGCCAGCCAGCCAGAGAAAGAAGUGGCGGAGCCAGAGGUGAGGAUGGUGAAUGGUAAACCAAAGAAAGUUCGUAAACCCAGGACUAUUUAUUCCAGCUUUCAGCUGGCCGCGUUACAGAGAAGGUUUCAGAAGACUCAGUACCUCGCCCUGCCAGAACGCGCCGAGUUGGCCGCCUCUCUGGGACUGACGCAAACACAGGUGAAAAUCUGGUUUCAGAACAAAAGAUCCAAGAUCAAGAAGAUCAUGAAAAACGGGGAGAUGCCCCCGGAGCACAGUCCCAGCUCCAGCGACCCUAUGGCGUGUAACUCGCCACAGUCACCAGCGGUGUGGGAGCCCCAGGGCUCCUCCCGCUCUCUCAGCCACCACCCCCAUGCCCACCCUCCGACCUCCAACCAGUCCCCCGCGUCCAGCUACCUGGAGAACUCGGCUUCCUGGUACCCAAGCGCAGCCAGCUCCAUCAAUUCCCACCUGCCUCCGCCGGGCUCCUUGCAGCACCCGCUGGCACUGCCCUCCGGGACGCUCUAUUAGGCGGGCUGCUCUCUCUGGCUCCUUUUGGGGACUACAGUGUUUUGCUGUUUUAGAAAUCAGAAAGAAAGGAAUUCGUGCGGGGAUGUUUGGAGAAUGGAAACAAAAAAGAUUCAUGUGUAAAGCUUUUUUUUUUUUUUUUGCAUGUAAGUUAUUGCAUUUCAAAAGACCCCGCCCCCUUUUUUACGAAAAGAACCUUUUUUUGCGCAACUGUGGACACUAUCAAUGGUGCCUUGAAAUCUAUGACCUCAACUUUUCAAAAGACUUUUUUCAAUGUUAUUUUAACCGUGUAAAUAAGUGUAGAUAGAGGAAUUAAACUGUAUAUUCUGGAUAAAUAAAAUUAUUUCGACCAUGAAAACGGUUCCUUUUUGGCCCCUUGAUAACUGGCUAGUGGGGUUAUAUGCACACUAUUAAGAACAGACAAGUUCUCCAGAAAUCCAACAAUGCAGGAGCUGCGUGGUUACAGAAGUGUGUUUGUGUUGGACUCUGUGUUUUAUGUAUCUGUCUGCACAUGUGGCCUGUUUAUAGUACUGUCAUGUUUGGGGUGUUUUCGCUCCUAACCACAAAACCAUUUAAAUGAUAUUAAAUAUAACUCCCAAUCGUUUCGGGUAGAAAGGGAUAUUGAAAUUAAGUACAUUUCUCCUGCUGCGUGUGAGGAAGAAGGCAGCAGAAAUCCCUGCAUAACCUGGAAUUCUAAGCUUAACGUGAUUCUGGUGGGAAUCCCCUCCCCCACCGGCAUGUGUGUCGCAAUUAGGCAAAUUACGGUCCUUUUGAAAGGAGCUUCCCAAGAUGUGAAAGGAAAAGAAAAGAAAAUCUGCUCCCAUUUCUAUUGUUUUUUUCUAUUAUAUUUCUAUUUUCUAAUAUAUUUUCCAUAUAUUUCUAUUACAUUUUUUUUUCAAAAAUAUGAAAUGUUUGGGGCAUAGUAAGCGAUAGCUUAAGCCUUGGACUCCUAAUGAUUUUAAGUUUGACCAGGUCCUUUCAGUCAAGAAAAUACCAUAGGGAUUGAGAACAAUGGUGACGCCAAAGCAGUAAGGCUAAACAAGGAACAUGGGGUACAGAGCAUUUCUUUAAAAGAAGAAGAAGAAAAAGAAGAAGAGGAGGAGGAAGAAGAAGAGAAGGGGGGUGAGGCCCUGUAUUGAUUUCAUUUCAUGUGAGAUAAUGUUCUUAAUAUAAUUGUCUUUCACCGCCGUUAGUAUUUCAUGGUUCUUUCUGAAGCAGCCCCCAUCCUCCAUCUGCUUUAAUAGAAAGCAGUGGCGACACUAGCUCUACGUCGUAGGAAAUGGGAUGUUUGCUGGGAUUUCUUUGUGCAGCCAUCUUUUAAGGCAGGCAUGUAGGGGUUGCGGCUACCUGGCCCUUGACUUGUCCUUUCCUUACUCCUUUGCAGAUAGAUACCUGGACUGUGCCCAGAACUACAGCCUGGGUCCAGAGCUAUGCCCCCAGGCCUGAACGAUAGGCAUCUUUGUACCUGGCUGUCCUUUAGUCCACCUAAGUCUAUUUCCUUAUGACACCACGGAAAUAUGCAAUGUUGGAAAUUGUUAGAUUUAUGGGAAGUGUUCCACAGCCAGGAAGUCAGACACAAUAAAUGUAACAAAAUGAGCCCUCUUGGGGAGGGAGGAUUAGAAGGUAAAAACUGUAUCCUGUCAUCUGAGGGUGUCAGAGAGGACCCUUCCAGCCGUGAGAACUGAAUAGGCUGUGUGCCCUUGGGCCACUUAACAGUCAGUCUCUGUCUCUACACUCUCUUCCCCUUCCUCCUUUCCCACUAAACUUCUAUCUCUGUUUCUUCUCUUUUCUUUUUGCUUUUCCUUUCUUUCCACAGGUGAUAUCAAGAUCACCAGUUCGGACUUUGGGGGUGGCCAAAGUACACUUCCAGGCAGCCUGGGCUAUUGAACCCUGGGUAAACAGGCAUACACCUCCAAUUUUCCUCCCUGCCCUCACUGUGCUCCAUCUGUGGCCGGUGGUGAUGUUAGGGGAGGCCCCGACCCCAUUUUGCUUAUUGCAAUGACACUGAGUGGACUGGGGAAAAGAGAUGGAGGUGUCUGAUUUUGUUGUUGUUGUUUCUUUGUUUCUUUGUUCCUUUCUCCCUUUCUUUGCAAAGAUUUCGGUGACUUUCCGAUGUCCAUGGUCCUGUCCCCAUCCCGGAAUGUGUGUUUGGACAGGUUAGAGGUGGGGGGAGGGAGCUCACCCACAGCACACCCCUGUAUUUCCCGCCCUCUGGUUUCCCAAGAGUGUGAAAAAUGUGCUUGUAACAAGCUCUUUCCAUUUUGGCACUUGGAGAGGGUGGAUGUCAUCUCCCGGCUCCCGUUCCUGGUGGAAAGGGGUGUGCACUGUUUCUUCACUGCCUCCGACCCCCAGACUCAGCCAAGCCAAGCGGAAGGCAGGGCGGGUCCUGACUCUUCUUCUCAGGGAAAGAGGGAUGCUUUUGAAUCACCACCUUCACCCCAAGCUGGGGGCAUUGCUGG